ACAUGCGUUUGGCGAAUUUCCGUUUGUUUACUUCCGGGUGUAAGAAAGUAGGAAAAAAAAGAGAAAUGUUUGCUGUGUUUAUUAGAAGGCAUUACUGUUGAAUUAACCCUUUAAUAUUUGCACGAGAAAAUAAAGCAAGUUUAAUGAUAUAAACGACAUUAAAAUCUGUUAGACUGAUUUAAAGGGCGGCGCGAAAAUGAACCGUUGAAGUGUUGCCUCCCACUGGCAUGCAAUAAAUUAUUUUUGUGAAUAUUUGCAGUCUUCAGGAAAAUGAUCUGAACAUCAGUAAGUAGAAAUCAGUGCCCAUGAUAGCAAUUGUUUUUCUGGUAUACAUCUACAAGUACCUACUUUCUGUUAUGUAACAAAAUGAGGAUGAGAGAUGGUGACAGUAACAGCACAGAAGGGUGUGUAGUCUAUUGACAUAUUAUGGCUAAAGCUAAUUCUCCAAGCCCAUCUUCAAGGAUGGAUGUUGCAAAUUCUUAUGACACUGGAUUUUAUUUUGAUGGAAGUGGGCCAGGCGAAGAUAGUGAUCUGGAUGACAGUGAUGUGCAUAUCCCACAGUCCUUAUCACAACACUCUGUGAAAUCAAAAUCAAGCUCACCAAAAAAAUCACAAGCAAUCAACCACAUACAGAAUAAGCCACCAAAGCAUGAAAGUGAGAUGGAUGACGCAACGGAUGGACUGCUCAAUGGUUUCACAUCUCAAGCUGACCGAUACGGGUUUGUUGGUGGCAAAGAAUUCACAGAUCCAGAACAAGAAAGGCGGUUACCAAUAGAGGUCUUACGGAAACGAGAGUUAAAGUGGCUAGAUAUGUUUCAAAACUGGGAGAAAUGGAUGAGUAAAAGAUUUAAGAAGGUAAAGGAACGAUGUAGGAAAGGCAUUCCACCUUCAGUACGGAGUCGUGCAUGGCAGUAUCUAUGUGGGAGCAAGUUUUUAAUGGAUCGUAACCCAGGGAAAUUUGAUGAAUAUUUAAAAGAUCCAGGGGACCCAAAAUUUAUUGAAGAUAUAAAGAAAGAUUUACAUCGACAAUUUCCUCUUCAUGAAAUGUUCAUGGCAAGGGGAGGCUACGGGCAAGAAGAUUUAUUUCGUAUUUUAAAAGCUUAUACAGUACACAACCCAACAGACGGGUACUGCCAGGCUCAAGCCCCAAUAGCAGCAGUGUUACUUAUGCAUAUGCCAGCGGAGGAAGCUUUCUGGUGCUUUGUGUCAAUAUGUGAAAAAUACCUCCCAGGAUAUUACAGCCCUGGACUUGAAGCAGUUCAAGUUGAUGGGGAUGUAUUAUAUGGUUUGUGUAAAAAGACCAACCCUCCUAUUUAUAAACAUUUGAAAAAGCAUAGAGUUGAACCUAUAUUGUAUAUGACAGAAUGGUUUAUGUGUGUCUACAGUAGAAAUUUACCUUGGGCCUGUGUACUGCGUGUGUGGGAUAUGUUUCUAUGUGAAGGUAUAAAAGUUGUAUUCCGUGUUGGGUUAGUGUUGAUUCGACUGUGCCUAGGAGCUCCAGAAAAUCUCUCGUCCAGUCCCGAUAUGUACUCAACACUUGAGAAAAUACGACAUAUACCUGCAGAUAUAGAUGAAAGUUAUAUUGUUAGAGAGUCAUUGAGAUUAAAUAUCACAGAGCGAGAGAUGGAGAAAGAGCACCAGAAACAGUUACAUCGGAGAAAAACAGCAAAAGAUAAAGCUAAUAAACCAGACUCUGGAAAAUCAAAAAAGAAAUAACAGGCAGCGAGAGAGAUUUGUGCAAAAAAAUCAGGUUGAAAAUUCUUUAUGGAAACUUCCACGCCUUGAAGAUGAAGUCUCAUGGAUAGAACCUGUGGAAAUGUGGGACAUUUUCGGGAGUGGAAAUUUGAAAAGGAAGUGAUAAAUUUUAUAGCCAGGUUCAAGGUCAUUUGUAAGAAAAGAUUUUACACGUGACAAAUAAUGAUGACACAUGCACUAAAUGCUAUAGCUUACACAAGUGCGGAGCUCAGUAUUGAUUAUAAUUAGGAUAGUAUGAGAAGGAACAUUGUGAAUACACUUUCCUAGAGUCAUCCUGGCAACUAACAUGUAGAUUAUGAAACACAUUCACUUAUAAGAUAUCCUGCACCUGAAUAGUACAUGUAGUUUCAUAGGUCCAUUGUAUAUUUAUGUUAAAGAUAUUGUCACAAAGCUCAGUUUUUACAAGAGGACCAUAUCAUGUGUUUGAUUCAAAUAUGUAAAUAGAGUGUUAGUAAAUGCAGUGUAUUCCCUGUAUAGAAACACAUCUAGGAAGACCAAUAUAUGUUAAUGUGCUUGGUUAGGCUCUGCAAAUAAUCUUGGUGAGUGGUAAAAGAGAAAAAAUGGCUUUGUUUAUUUUUAGCUCACCUGUCACAAAGUGACAAGGUGAGCUUUUGUGAUCGCGCGGUGUCCGUCGUCCGUCCGUCCGUCCGUGUGUCCGUCCUUAAACUUUUGCUUGUGACCACUCUAGAGGUCACAUUUUUCAUGGGAUCUUUAUGAAAGUUGGUCAGAAUGUUCAUCUUGAUGAUAUCUAGGUCAAGUUCGAAACUGGGUCACAUGCCUUCAAAAACUAGGUCAGUAGGUCUAAAAAUAGAAAAACCUUGUGACCUCUCUAGAGGCCAUAUAUUUCACAAGAUCUUCAUGAAAAUUGGUCAGAUUGUUCACCUUGAUGAUAUCUAGGUCAAGUUCGAAACUGGGUCACGUGCCUUCAAAAACUAGGUCAGUAGGUCUAAAAAUAGAAAAACCUUGUGACCUCUCUAGAGGCCAUAUAUUUCACAAGAUCUUCAUGAAAAUUGGUCAGAACGUUCACCUUGAUGAUAUCUAGGUCAAGUUCGAAACUGGGUCACGUGCCCUCAAAAACUAGGUCAGUAGGUCAAAUAAUAGAAAAACCUUGUGACCUCUCUAAAGGCCAUAUUUUUCAUGGGAUCUGUAUGAAAGUUGGUCUGAAUGUUCGUCUUGAUGAUAUCUAGGUCAAGUUCGAAACUGGGUCACGUGCGGUCAAAAACUAGGUCAGUAGGUCUAAAAAUAGAAAAACCUUGUGACCUCUCUAGAGGCCAUAUAUUUCAUGAGAUCUUCAUGAAAAUUGGUCAGAAUGUUCACCUUGAUGAUAUCUAGGUCAAGUUCGAAACUGGGUUACAUGCCUUCAAAAACUAGGUCAGUAGGUCAAAUAAUAGAAAAACCUUGUGACCUCUCUAGAGGCCAUAUUUUUUACGGGAUCUGUAUGAAAGUUGGUCUGAGUGUUCAUCUUGAUGAUAUCUAGGUCAAGUUCGAAAGUGGGUCACGUGCCUUUAAAAACUAGGUCAGUAGGUCAAAUAAUAGAAAAACCUUGUGACCUCUCUAAAGGCCAUAUUUUUCAUGGGAUCUGUAUGAAAAUUGGUCUGAAUGUUCAUCUUGAUGAUAUCUAGGUCAAGUUCGAAACAGGGUCAUGUGCGGUCAAAAACUAGGUCAGUAGGUCUAAAAAUAGAAAAACCUUGUGACCUCUCUAGAGGCCAUACUUGUGAAUGGAUCUCCAUUAAUAUUGGUCAGAAUGUUCACCUUGAUGAUAUCUAGGUCAAAUUUGAAACUGGGUCACGUGCCUUAAAAAACUAGGUCAGUAAGUCAAAUAAUAAAAAAACCUUGUGACCUCUCUAGAGGCCAUACUUUUUAUGGGAUCUGUAUGAAAGUUGGUCUGAAUGUUCAUCUUGAUGAUAUCUAGGUCAAGUUCGAAACUGGGUCAACUGCGGUCAAAAACUAGGUCAGUAGGUCUAAAAUUAUUAAAAUCUUUUGACUUCUCUAGAGACCAUAUUUUUCAAUGGAUCUUCAUGAAAAUUGAUCUGAAUGUUCACCUUGAUGAUAUCUAGGUCAGUUUCGAAACUGGGUCACGUGCGGUCAAAAACUAGGCCAGUAGGUAUAAAAAUAGAAAAACCUUGUGACCUCUCUAGAGGCCAUAUUUUUCAUGAGAUCUUCAUGAAAAUUAGUGAGAAUGUUCACCUUGAUGAUAUCUAGGUAAAGUUCAAAACAGGGUCAUGUACCUUCGAAAACUAGGUCAGUAGGUCAAAUAAUAGAAAAACCUUGUGACCUCUCUAGAGACCAUAUUUUUCAAUGGAUCUUCAUGAAAAUUGGUCAGAAUUUUUAUCUUGAUAAUAUCUAGGUCAAGUUCAAAACUGAGUCACAUGAGCUCAAAAACUAGGUCACUGUGUCAAAUAAUAGAAAAAACGACGUCAUACUCAAAACUGGGUCAUGUGGGAAGAGGUGAGCGAUUCAGGACCAUCAUGGUCCUCUUGUUUUUGUAAAUAUUCUGUAUGGCAGUGAAAUUGAUGUUUAAAGUUUUUGAAAUAGUCUUGCACGUGGAAUUUUUCAAUUUUGAUUGUUACAUUUUUUAUGAUAUUAAAUCAGUUUAAAAUAA